CUGCUGUGCUGUGACUUCGGACCACCGGAUGGGAGGACGGAAAGGGAAGAACAACCUGUCAACGCGGUUAGACAGCAGCGCAUGCAGAAUGCGGCACUUGUGAUCGGCGCUUCUGUGCUUCGACAGCGCGUUGAGUUUCCGUCAUGGCCAACCGGUAUUUCAACCCUGCCGACUACUGCGUGCUUGUGGCCGUGCUGGGCGUUUCGUCGUUAAUAGGCGUGUACUUUGCCUGGAAGGACCGCCGCAGCACCAAUAAAAAGGACUUCUUUGGGGGAAGUAGGCAGCUACAGAUACCCGUUUACCACGGGCCACAGUGGCUGCACAAAUUGUACUUGACAAAAAAAACUAAUUUUCCAUGCUUGCUUGCGCACAUGUUUCCUGUUACAUUGUCCAUGACGGCCAGCAACAUGUCAGCCAUCGCCAUGUUGGGUGUGCCUGCGGAGAACUUCCUCCAUGGCUCCCAGUACAUGGUCAUCGUCGUCGGUGUCGCCAUAGCUAGUGUUCUUGCAGCCCACGUGUUUUUGCCCGUUUUCUACGAUAUGGACAUGAUCAGUGUGAACCAGAAUUCUGUGCCGAUCAGGAAGAUUAUCUCCGCUUUGACUGUGAUAGAAAUGUGUUUCUACAUGGGAGCAGUGCUUUACGGCCCGUCACUUGCGCUUGGCUCGGUGACAGGUCUUGCAGUGUGGCUUUCCAUCGUGCUGAACGGAAGCGUUUGCGCCUUCUACACGGCAAUAGGAGGCAUCAAAGCUGUCGUUUGGACUGACGUCGUGCAGAUGCUGUUGAUGAUUUUCGGACUGCUGAUCGUCCUCAUUCAGGGCUUCAUUAUGACCGGUGGGCCCAGUGCAGUUUUCGACGCUGUCAACGCACAAGGGCUACUCGAGUUUUUUGACAUGAGCUUGAACUCUCAGAAAACAUUCACCUUCUGGAGCGUCGUUGGCGGGACCGGCGUCACGUGGAUCGCGGGAUUCUGCAUGAACCAGGUCAUGGUACAGCGCUACUGCGAUCUUGCGUCAAUUCGCAAGGCACAAGCGGCACUGUACAUCAACAUGCUGGGAGUCUCCCUUGUACUGACGAUUUCAUCUAUAUGCGGUCUGUUGCUCUUCGCGCUCUAUCAACGAUGUGACCCAGUCAAGGCAUCCAUGAUUACCAAGUACGACCAGUUGAUGCCGCACUUUGUGAUGGAGACAUUGGGUCACCUUCCUGGCAUCACGGGGCUCUUUGUCACGGCAGUCUACAGUUGAUCGCUCAGCACGUUGUCGUCUGGAUACAAUGCCUUGGCCGCCAUCAUAUGGGAAGACUUCAUAAAACACAUGGUGACACUCUCUCCCACAGGUGCCAUGUGGGCAACAAAGGCAAUCGCUGCCGCUUUUGGUCUCAUCGCGGUGGUCCUGGCAUUCCUCUCCGGUAGCUUGCCUUCUAUCUUAACGGCGACAUUUGUCACGACUGGAUCAAUUAAAGGCGCCACGUCAGCGAUAUUCAUCCUCGGUCUCCUGUUCCCUUGGUAUGGAAGCACGAUCGCUCUGUCGUCAAUGUUUACGGGCUUAGUGUUGGCCUUGUGGGUGGCUGUGGGACGCCUGCUGUACCCUGCCAAGCCCACUGGCGCCCGCACCACUCUGGAGGCGUGCGUGUUGAACUACACCGCCAUUGCUCCUCCUCAGCGGAGUUACUACUCAGGAGGAAUAUACGACCUAUACAACGUGUCCUACAUGUGGAUUCCAGUCAUCAGCUUUUUCGUCACGCUUCUGGUAGCCAUCUCUCUCAUAGUUAUUUUUUGCUUUAAGAAGUCAGCCGGUGUAGAUCCGAGCUUGAUAGCGCCGUGCAUUAGGAAAAUAUAACUGAAGACGAGGACCCGCGAGAAGCAAGAGCCAGCCAAACAAGAGAA